AACUACUCUCUGACAGGCGGUGCGAAUCGCCAACUUGCCAUCGCUCUCUUUUCUUUUGAACAUGACUCUCGCGUCUUUGUAUCGUUCGCCUGCAGUAUUUAGACACAUUCAGGCUGCACACUAACUCUUUAAAAGCCUAAUUGGAAGGAUUUUUUAAAACUUCUAUGUGAAAGAAACUUGUGGAGAAAUAGGGACAGGAGCAGCCUCCGCUGUGAGAAGGAAUUAUUUUUUUCUUGUCCCCCCCCUCUCCCCAAACAAUAACAGUGGAUGUUUGACAGUGCAGCCAGAUAGGGUCGAGUGUCUCCUCCUCCCCCUGCGCACCGCGGCUGUACCUGGCGAGAAGAUCUGGAUUAAGACUAAUGAACUGGGGGUAAAUAAUCUCCAAGGGACCGUUACACGGGGACGCAAACCGACUCUCUGUCUGGCUGUGGGAUUUUUUUUAUUUUCUACACUUCUUGAGGCUGAAGACGAUGUCCGUCCGGGGAUACUUUGUCGCUUUUUCCAAAUGCACACUUCUUCUCUCUCUGAGGAUUUUGCUUCUUGUGCCUGCAGGGUUGCCGGUCCGCAGCCAAGGGGACUCUCAGUCCGACAACAAAGUGAUGGACAACAUCACCGUCCGACAGGGAGAGACAGUCUUCCUCAGGUGUGCACAGGGGGACGUUGUCACACACACAGCAUGGCUAAACCGGUCAAGCAUACUGUAUGCUGGAGAAGACAAAUGGUCAGUGGAUCCCAGAGUGAGUCUGGUGACCCUUAAUCAAGAGGAGUUUACCAUCCAGAUUGAAAAUGUGGACAUGACAGAUGAGGGCCAAUACGUGUGUGCAGUCCAGACAAGCAGUCGACCGAGGACCACCUCAGUACACAUUCUCGUCCAAGUACCACCGAAAAUCAUCAACUUGUCAAGAGAUAUUGUGGUAAAUGAAGGUUCCAACGUUACCCUGAUGUGCCAAGCCAACGGUAAACCGGAGCCUUCCAUCAGCUGGAAACUCAUCUCCUCUUCAGGGGACCUGGCAUCAGACGACGAGUACCUGGAAAUCCCAUCCAUCUCCAGACAGAGAGCGGGGACGUACGAAUGCACGGCCGUCAACGAUAUCGACACAGAUGUGCAGACCAUUGAUGUCACUGUCAACUAUGCUCCAACUGUGUCAGAGGGCAGAGAUGUUGGAGUGACUCUGGGCCAAAGAGGAGUGCUGGAGUGUGAGGCCGAUGCAGUGCCUGAGGCAGACUUCGAGUGGUAUAAAGAUGACAGAAGGAUCUUUAAUGGAUUUGAUAGCAUGGAAAUUGUGAAUAGCGGCUCGUUGUCGAAGCUGAUGUUUUUUAAUGUGUCUGACAGCGAAUACGGCAACUACACAUGCGUCGCCAUCAACAAGCUUGGGAGCUCAAAUACAAGCUUCCUUCUGUAUGUGGUAAUUGAACCCACUAGCUCAACGCUAUUGCAAGGACCGAGAGCAGUUCAGGAUGGCAGCGGCGGCGCGAUGGGAGUGCACUCACACACCUGUCUCCUCUUCAUAGUGUUUCUGCCGUUCCUGCUCAGAUUUUGAAGAGGAAUGGAUUUGAACACAAAUAUUUUGUGUGUGUGUGAGUGUGUGUGUGUGUGUGUGUGUGUGUGUGAGUGAGUGUGUGUUCUUUUUUUUCUCAACCGGAACCAUAAACUGAUGCACAGUGAGUGCAUGAGGUAUCCUGCUAUGUAAUGAUGUUGACCCACUAAAUUACGUAACAAACGUUUCUGUUGGGUUUUUUUAGAUUUCAAGGAUGUAACAAAUGUUUCACAUUUUAAUUGAAUUAUGUUGGAUAUUUUUCUCUCUAAAUUAUAUUAUUCUGAUUGUCUCUUUCUAUGUAUGUCUCGGAAAAAAAUGAUUUUUUAAAUGUGGUGUCUCUUAUUCAAAUUGAUUUGUCAUAAUUUUUAACCACAUUGCAUAUUCAUCUCAACUCCAGGAAAAGGCAAAUUUACAGCAAGUAUGAGAGGUGAAUGUUAAAUACCUCAAAGUCAAACCGAGACAGUGAAGCAGAAGGAAUUUAGGUUACCCUUAGGCUGAAAGCCUGGUAUUAUCAUAUUUUAAUGUAUAAUAAUUAUCAUUCAGUCUGGUUGUUGAAAGUGGAUUUGUUAUCGACCUUCAAGUAUUUUUGUUCUCAGCAUUAUAGUGAUAUACUUGCAGUUGUAUUAUGCUAAUCUUUUAAUUUUAUUUUGUCAAUUAUGUUUAGUUUUAAAUAUUUUUGAGAAGGGAACAUAUUAAGUUGUAAUUAUUUAGAACAAUAUCAUGUUUUAUGUCUCUGUUGUCUUUUUUUUGUUUACCAGUACAGUUGUACACAAAAAUGGUGUCAAGAAUUAUUAUGUUAUAAUUAAGUAGUUAAACAUGGAGGGAAAGUGUACUCCACUUGUGUGGAGUCGAUGUCUGACUUAAGUAAUGACAAUGUAUUCAUGCUGUUGCUACUUGUUUGAGCAUUAUGCCAUUUCCACACGACAUAGUUAUUUGAGAAAAAUGUUCCUGUUCAUGUUCCAAACCAGCACUGGCAGGUUAGAGACCACUCAGUAAAAUCAUAACAUCAUAGAAAGUAUUUCACUUUUUGCAUGUAUUUAGACACCAGUAACCCAAAGACCUUAGCAGUUUAUACAGGACCAUACUUCAUAGAAUUUCCGUUUUCUAGUAUGAACACCAAACAAAACACAUUGACAGUUCCAUGAUAUUGUCUUUUCACAAAAAAGAGUUUAAUAUGGGUUAAACAUGGGGGUAAUUUGGAAGGAAUUCUAAAAUCAUAUACCUAAACAAAAAUACAGUAUGUGGUUUAUGGCUGUGAAAAGCUCUUAUUGCAAACAAAAGAAUUGCAAUCUUAACGUUUAGUAUGCGAGCCAAUUGACCCUUCCUAAGUCCCACCCCUUUAUUUUUUCUGUGCUCCAAUAACAGCAAGCCUAGGUCAGAACCCCGGUCAACUUUCUCCUUCGCUUCUACUUAGCUACUUAGAUAUGCUAUGUGCUAGGCUCAUCAAUGUCCAAAAGACAACCACAUUUUGAAUAUAUAUAUAUAUAUAUAUAUAUAGAGAGAGAGAGAGAGAGAGAGAGAGAGAGAGAGAGAGAGUCUACAAUAUAUCGCUUUUAUCUUUUAACCUCUUCAAAACUUGGAUGUCUUUUCAACAUAGAUUUUCUCUUUUACGUACAGGUCAGAGGUUCUGACGGAGGCUUGUCUAACUGUUACUGGAGCACCGAGCAAAAAAGGGUCAAUUGCAAUAACCAAGACUGAUCACAGGUCCGAGCAAAAAGGCUUCAACUGUUUCUUUUAUCUUGUCUAUAUAGCUUGAAUUAUCAGAAAAGGCAGGAUAUGUGCAAAAUUAAGAAAAUCAUAUCAAUGAGUUUUAUAAUGGAGAAAUAUGAGCGCACAUGAGUGCCACUGGCGUUUUGAGAGGUGGAGAACAGACGGCAGACCUCCGUUACCUUAUUUGGUUGUGAGCGUGAAGAAUUUAUGCAACAAUCAGAAACCUCUCACAAAACGGCAGCAAGAAUUAAAGUCAGUAAUUUAUCUCCUUUCACGUCUGUUGUGUUGGCAAAUUAUUCACACCAACUGCCAGACCUCACUCAGGUUCCCCCCAGCAGUGAAAAACAGUAUGUGACAGUGACAAAAAGCGAGAUUCGGUGUUAGGCCACUGGUUCUGUAAUGUGGAAGGGAGUUUUUAGGCAUCAUGCCUCUCUUGCAGAAUGCAACACUAUUUGCGUUUGUGGACGUGCAAACACAAGCAUCUAUUGACUGUUGGUUUUCUUGUGGGCAGUACUAAAGGAUUUGUAGAAUUCCAUUAACAGAACAUCAAACAGGAACAGUGAAUAUAAACAAAUUAGUGUGUUUCUGUGUAGUGGUGGGGCACUGAUUGACUGUGCUGUCAUGUAUGGUUAUUUUAAAAUUAAUGUGAGCUCAGUCAACACUGAGCAGGCCCAAAAGGAAACGAGUGACAGAACCGUUGAUGUUCUGUUCAAGUCCCUCUUUUCUUGUGUUAAGAGAUCUUUUUUCCCUGGCCUGGUCCAUCAUCCACACACAUCCACUCAUUUUUUCUUCAAACUCAGCCCCCUUUUGGCUCCUGGGGAUAAGAAGGUUUAAGCUCCUCAAUGUGAAAAAAGAGCCAAUAUCUAAAUCAAAACAGCAUGAAACAGAUAGGGCCAUUACUGAAAUUGAUCAGGGUAAUCAUCAGCGGAAUCUGACAGGCUAAUCACAGUUUGUUUUUACAGAUGAAACAGAGAGAGAGAGAGAGAGAGAGAGAGAGAAAGACUGAGACAGAUAGACACUGCAGACUAUUACUCAUCUCCAGCACAGUGGUGUUUAGAAAUUACAUGCUAAUUAUUCCUUCCUGGCUUGAAGGAUGGCACCACUGAUCUCACGUCUGUUUUACCCAGUCAUUGUGCCACAAGAAUAACUACAUUUGAGAUGAAGUUUAGUCAGAUCACCUCCCAAGGAGGUCUGUGCUGGGACCCCUUCAGAAGGGUCUGCAUGAAACUGUUGUAUGAUAUGUACGAACUAGCCUCAUUGCUUUGACUUCACUUGAAAGUUCGUAAAGAGGUCUAAUGUGAUGUGCUUAAAGCUGCAGUAGCUAAUUUCUAUAAGAAUAUUUUUUGCCAAACUUUCACUAUAUCCUGACAGUAGUACAUGAGACAGAUAAUCUGUUAAACAAUCAGGUUCCUCUGGCUCCUCCUUGUGCUCCUAAUGGCAUUUACAAGAAUCCACCGAAACCCAACCCAAAGUGUCUUUAUAUCUUUCUCGGCUCUGAUUGGUUGUUUUCAUUCAGGCCCGGUGGAUUCUUGUAAAUGCCAUUAGGAGCACUAGGAGGAGCCAGAGGAACCUGAUUGUUUCAUAGAUUAUCUGUCUCAUGGUCUACUGUCAGGAUAUAGUGAAAGUUUCAGCAAAUAUGACAAAAAGUUAUUUCUAUAAAUGUUACCUACUGCAGCUUUAAUAGUUUGUCUGGAAAUAUCAAAAACACUUACUUGACUUCUUCUCUUUCUCUCACACACAAACACACACACACACACCACAGAUUCUAGUGAGGUAAGACAGUUUAUUAUAUAUUUCUUUUGUAGAACGGCCAAGCACACAUUGUAAAAUCUGGGCCAUUUAUUUUAUUUUUACUACUUCUGAGCAGUUGUUCAGCAAUUUGCCCAAUUAUUUAACGGCAAUUACCACAAGUAAUAUUUAGGUCUGGUCAUGGAUGUGUUUGUAUGCACUGUAAUGAGGCUCAUUCACAGAAACCCUGACACGCCAUGCUGCUGUACCAUAUCACAGCACGCUACAGUUUUCUGAUAGGACAGUGCAGACAGCUGAAUAUUUGCAGUUUAUUGCUUUGUCCUUUAAUGAUUGUGAUUUUUUUAAAGUUAUGUCAAAUAUAUUAAAAUUUCUCAAGCUAAGCACACUAUUACUGAGGACAAAUCCAUGUAAGCACUUACCUUUAGAAUAUAGACAGACCUGUACAAACCAGCAGGGCUGCUGUCAAAAUAUACCAUGUAUCUCUAGAUGAAAUGAAAAUUUAUGUUUUUUUUUCCACAGAGGUAAGGAAGUGGUUGUAUAGCUGACUUCAUCUUAUAAUCCACCUAAUAAUAGCAAUGCCAUAUGGUCACUAUGGCAGCGAUUCAGAGUCGAGGCUGCACAGAGAAUCACAGACUUCAAACCAAAACUGUGCACAUUCAUAUCCCGACUUUAGAUGCAUCAUUUAGAGGAACCCUGCUAAUUGUCAAUAUCAAACGAGCAUGUUGUUUAUUAACUGAUGCCAUGAGACAAAAUGUUGUGAAGCACCAAGCUGAAGAAGCAACACAGCGGCAGAGAGCAGUCUGAUCUGUGAUCUGAGGAUGAGGUAUUCUGCCUUUUCAGUGGAGUGUAAAACAGUCAGCACCUGUCAGAUCGCUGCAGGAAAUCCCGCUAGAUCAUACUCCUAAAGUUCUGGCCUUGGUCUGAGCCACGUGCCGCGAACAGAAAAGUAUCAUUUUCAUUUCCUUGUUCUUAAAUCCCUGCUGCUCCUAACGUGUAACAAGAGAAGGCAUGUGGGGGAUGUGGACCUAUGCAGACUGCUUCUUUAAAGGCUUAAUUUGAAGUGUUUUCUGACCUGAGGCCUUUUUGUAGUACUUAGCACCAGUGUUCUCGAUUCAGUAUGGGCACUGGUAGCCUCAAGGUUAGACAAGCUGGCUUGCAGAGCAGUUAAAUAAACACAAUCACAUUACAUUUAGUGAGGCAGUGUGAUGUUGUGUUGCACAACACAGCUAUUUGCCAUGUUAUGGCUCAUUUAGUUGAGAAAACUUUAAUAAGCUCUCAGUUGGCCCUCAUAUUGCGCUGCUGUUAACUGGACCCAUCCUCCAUUGUAAAACUAAAGGGGAUAUAAGUCUCACCCAGUGUGAUGAUUGCAGCUAUUUGCUAAAUACAGUAACAUCCUGUUUAUGCAACCAGUCUCUUCAGGAGUGAAAUAAAGUUCAAAUUUGAACAUUGAUUGUUUUCUCCCCAUGCUGUACACUCCCAGCAGCUGCAUAUAACAUGCAUCAUGGUAAGGCAAACUGAACACAGCAGGAAUUGACAUACCUAUUUCAAUUGGAAAUAAACAACUUCCAUAAUUGAAAAUAAUUCACCAUCUCUCAGAUGAACAGUAGGCAGUCGUACUGCAGUUUCUUUCUGCAUGGCAUUAACAAAGGCCGCCUCUGUGCUGUCUUAUUAGAGCAAAUGCAAAUGCUCCAAACUCCCACCAAGCAUGACUUUUAAAAAGGAUAUGCAAGACACGCUGCAAGUCCCAUUCAAGCCAAACUUAUAAUGAUAAAACCUAGCAACCCGGGGAGAGGAUCUUAGAAAUACACUAGUAAAAUAUUUCUGAUCCACCCCUAAAGUUCAGCUAGGAAACUGCACUGAGAAGGCCUGAAUACACAUAACUUUUUUCCUGUUUCUGACUCCAGUCAGCCAAUUCUGAACCACAGCCCAUGAAGGCUUAUAUUUUGGCAGUAGCGCUGCAUAUUUAUGUUGAUAUGACCAAUUCCAUUGUCUGUUUGAAGACUGCACAAGGAUUGCAGGAAUCAUUCUCUCACUCAGCCCAAGCAAACAUGGGCCCGGGCUGAGGGGAAAGAACCACUAUGGGUGUAUUUCUUGGUCUCCAUAUGUGCAAGGCAAGAGAGCAGUCUUCAGAUGAAAAUUUGAUACCAUUUAAGAAAAAUGACUGAGCUUGUUUUGUACCUCCCACUAUUAAUUUUAGGUGUUUUGUGACAUUUGUGUGAUUUGCAUUGGAGUGUAGAAGAGAUCAUUUUUGAAUGUGAACUUUGGUUUGACAUGAGAAAUCAGACCUUUGUCUCAGCCACCAGGGGAUUAUCAUAGCAGACGCAUGAAGUAGUCUCAUGUACUGUUGGGAUUUAUUUUGGAUGAUUCACAUGAAUGAAAUUCUGCCCUUUGUCUGGCUACAAGUUCACAGGACUCUUCAGAUCGGAUUGUUCCCAAGUGGAGGGGGACAUCAUGCUAUUCCUUUCCCUGCAUUGUAAAGGAUUGUUGGUUCAUAUGUAUUUUCUUGAUGAAAAGUGUGUGCUCAUAUUUAAGACUGACAAUAAUAAAAUGUUGUAUCUUAA